AGAUCUAAUGUGUUGUUCCCAAGCGACAGGGUCGUGUAGAAGUAUUUGCGAAAAGAUCUCUCUGGUUGAACUUGCAGCCGACAUAGAAUUAAGGAAUCAUACCAUAACUGAAGUACAAAAAUAUUGCUCAUCCCAUUUGAUUUCGUUUUGGGAGUGUCUGACUGCAACUUUUAAAGAUAUGUCCAGGGGUGAUCCGUGGUCUGGUAGAAUUUGCUGCCCACUUCCACACAGUGAGAGCUGCAGAAGAGCCUGUAUAACAGCCACUUCUAGUUUCGAUUUAACCAAAGGAUGUAGACAAAGCGAUGAAAUAGCUUUUUUUAGUUGCUUGGAACGACAAGAAGCCGGAUCAGAUUGCUGCAACAAUGCAAGAACUGACGACUGUCAAUUAGCAUGUAAAGAUUUAUUUCGUAGAGAGUUGGCUCCUACUAAACUUCAAAGACAAAAAGUCAAAGAAUACUGUGAAAACGACAACCCAAGAGUUACCGAUUGUGUCAAAGAUCUUAUAAAAGUUACUCCUGUCAAAAAUACUCACAAACAUAUUCAUUGCUGUGAUAAAUCCAAUGUUAUAAAAUGUAGAGAAUCUUGUAAGAAAGUGUUAUCAACAAGAAAUACCAUACAAGAAAUAAUAGAUGGUCUUGCUCAAGGAGGAUGCGGAUUACCUAUGCCUCAGGAAUAUUUCUGGCAAUGCUUUCUCAAGCCAGAUGCCGCUGAAUCUCUAUCUAAUUCAGUGAAAGUUUCUAGAAUCAAUCGAGUAGGUAUUGAUAGUGCCAAGUGGCACUGUUGCCAUAGAGCGAAUUCUCCCCAAUGUGCCAGAUUAUGCUCGAAGACGUUUACAAAAUUUUGGUCUACCUCAUGGGACGAGUUCCAACAUAAAUGCCUUAGCCAAAUAACGGAAGAAAGUUUAAGAUCUUGUAUAGAUGAAGUUGAUGAACCCUGUGAACUUGGUUGUGAUGGACUGAGUUUCUGCACUAAUUUCAAUAACAAACCUACAGAACUAUUUCGAUCCUGCAACACACAAGCAGAUGAAGCCGCGAGAAAUGAUGUUGCUCUUUGGCAGACUCAAAAUAAUAUUUCUUUGGCGGCUGGCCUCACCCUUCCUCUUAAGAGCAUCUCUAAGUGUUCCCAAAAUAUUUGGAAAGCCGUUGCCUGUACUCUUCAGAUCAAACCUUGUUCAAGAACAUCUCACGCAAAUCAAAUUUGCCGUGACGUGUGCUUGGAUAUUCUUUCCCAGUGUGUGGAUUGGACAAGAGUGUCACCUAUACAUUCUCCAGAAUCAAUUUGCGAAAAUAUUUCUCCAGAAGAUCCUAACGAUUCAUGUGUAAGACUUCAAACAUAUCUGAAUCCAUCGUCAUAUCAAUCGUCAAGAAUAACUGGACAAGUUUUCAGUCCUUGUAAAGGAAAUCCCUGUGAACCACACGAAGUAUGCACAAUAAAUAGAAACUGCAUACAUGGAAUUAGCUGUAAACCCUAUAUUUGUCAACCUGGAUGUAAAUUAGGCGAAGUAUCUCAAUUUAUGGUUCCAGAUGGUACUUACGUUUGGAUCCCAACUCCAAACAGCGCCGAAGGCUGUGUCAGAAUCUGCAAAUGCAACAAAAAUAAAAUAGAUGAAUGUCUACGGCUCCUCUGCUUCACUUUAACGUCAUGUUUGUUGGGAAACACUCAGGAACUCCAUGGGACAGUUUUUAACAUCGAAUGCAACAAAUGUAGUUGUUAUGCUGGAGAGACUAUAUGCAGUAAGAAACAAUGUGAAAGUACCAGUCUGAGUGGAAAGAAUACCGGUUACACAACCUUACCAUGUAAUUGUCCUCCACAUUACGUGCCUGUUUGUGGCAGAAAUGGCGUUACAUAUCCAUCUACCUGUUUGGCUAAAUGUGCAGACCUGAACGAUGCUGACAUUAAAUAUUAUCCUUGUCAAGAUCCUUGCAAGACCAACACAUGUCCAGUGGGACAAAAGUGUGUUCCAAAUCCGCAAAUUUGUUUAACUCUCAUGCACAAACCAUGCAAGCAGUAUGAAUGCAUAAAUGGAUCUUCAAACUGUUCUCAUCUUCCACUAGACCCAGUUUGUGACAUUGACAAUAAUGAAUACGAUAAUUCCUGUCUAUUAGCUCAUCACAACGCCAAAUUAGCCUACAGAGGUCCUUGUUUGACAAAAUGCAAACACAGAUCGCAGGUAUGCGGUAUAAACGGAAAGACUUACAUAUCAGAAUGUGCCGCAAUUGCAGAUAUGGUUUCCGUGGAUUACGAAGGACCUUGUGUAGCAAUGGGAUUGUUAACGAACGUCAAGGCUAAGCAGUGUCCUGGCGUUAAAUGUCCAGAGUUGCAGAGUCCAAAUUGUGUUGGUAUUACCCCUCCUGGAGCCUGCUGUCCUAUGUGUGGUGGAGCCUUAACUCUGUUGUAUUCAAGAAAACAAAUAGACAGAGCAUUUUUCGUCAUCCGCAACCAAACCACUAAACCUUUGAAUCUGGACUCUAUGCUGAAAGCUUUAGAAAGACAAAUACAAGUUGGUCAGUGUACCCUGAAAGGAUACCUCACAGUCGAAAUGGAUAUUUUUAUAAUUGUACACAGUACUGAGAGGAAUCCUUCUGAGGUGCAAUUGGAGGCCUGCAUACGAGAAGCCGAAAAAAUCGCAAGCCUCAUCAACAUUCAAAGUCCUAGAAUAGUAAGUGAGUUGAGCCUCAGUUCUUUAACAGCUGCUAGCAUUGUUCACACUCAAGCAAACUCUUCAGUUGAUGUCAAUUUGACUAGCAUCAAACUGUCUCUAGCAGCUGUAAUUCUUCUGGGAAUUGUGCAGAAAAUAUGCUUUACUUAAGCAAGAUAUUUGUUUGUACGUAUCCUCCUGUGUCUUCAUGAAAGAGCAAAAUCCAUUCUUGGCUAGAAAGUUUGCCUUGUCAAUAAAUUCUGCAUGCACUUUUGGGAGACACAGUACGAUUUUUAACUGUUACCAAAUAUAUAUUCGUGAUUAUUGAAAAAGAACUGUGGCCAAAUCGCUUUAUUAUUUUGAUUUUGUCAAAAUAAAUUGCAUCAAAGAAGUUUUUUGUAUAUUUAUAAAUAAUGGAAAAUUAAAUAGUAAUUUGUUUAUAGUAUCUGCUCUACCUUUUGACAAAAACAAAAUAAUACACUUCAACAAAUAUGUCUGUGAUAAUUCAAUUUAGGUUUAACAUUUUUUAUAAUGAUACUGUAAUUUUUUAGAUUGAUAUAUGACUGUAAAUAUUCGAAUUUUAUCAACUGUACAUAGAAGAAGAUAAUGUCAAUAUAAUUCUCGUGCCUUAUUAAUUUGUUAAAAAAUCAUACUGAUUGGUUAGUUUUUAAGCUUGUAAUUAAUAUGUUUAAUGUUACCAAAGAAUAUAAUUUAUUAAUUACCCAAGUUGUAAUAGGUAUCUACAGAUUUUCAUCAGUAACUGUGAAAUGACAUUAUACAUUUAGAAAUAAGAAAUUCACUUUUCCGACCAAUUUAGAUGAUGAAUUUGGUUAAAAUUACAAUAAUACUUAUGAUACAAAUCAUGCUUUUGAAUCGCAUCAAUAUUUGUUUAUGAAAAUCUUUAUUAGGAUACAUAGAUCUAAUUCGCCAAUUGAAAGGGAGUACCUACAUGUAGAAAAACUUUUUUAACACGCAAUCAUAUUUGUUCUCUCUCAUGUAUUAAAUGGUGGAACCACAAAGGCAAAGAUUAUAUUUACUUUAUAAAGUUUCAGCUAAAGGACAAUGGGCAGAAAUGUAUGGAAAAUUGCCCCACCUCCAAUAAGGAUAAGAUAUAUAUAUAAAAUUAAAGAUCUUUUUGAGGAGAACAUUUCUCUUUAUUCCGACUCAUCUCAAUUACUUGUCCGUUCCGAGUUAUACCAUCCUGAAUGUAACUAAUUGCACGAUAAACCAGUGCUUAUAUUCUGUUAUUGUAGUGCUUAUUACAGGAAAAUAAUAGUAAUUAUUACUUCUUAGUAAUACAUAAACAAUUAUAAUAUGUGGGUAUAUUAUCAGAUGCUGUCGAGGAUUUUAUCCGCCACGUGUAUCCCUUACCAAAUGGACUCUACGUGUUGGUUACACAGCCCUGCAUAUGCUCUCCAAAGGACCAGAACCAAUGGUUCAAGACCAAGGUAAUGGACAAUCAUAAAUAUUAUUACCCCAUUUACAAUAGAACGAAUAUAAAGCCAUUUGUAACACAUACAGGGUGGGACAUCCUAUACGCGUCGCUUCAGACUAUGACAUGAUUUUUUCAUAUUAUUUUUAUACAGAAAGAUGAAUAUCUAUUGGAGCUCUAAAAUAUUUUGGAAUUUAUAGUUUGCUUCAAAAAGUUUCUAUUUAAAAAGUAUUAACUUGAAACAUUUUAAACAUUACAACCGUUUUAAUUACUUAGUACAAUAUAAUAUUAAUACAAAAUGAAAGUAAUAGGUAAAAGGCAUUUCUCAUGCUAGCUAGUACAUGGCUUGCAUGAAAAAUGCCUUUCAGCUAAACUAAAGUUAAAUUAUAUCAUCUAUAAUUUGACAACUAUGCAUUUUUUCAAUUCGAGAUAUGAGUUUUUGUUCAUUUGUUACAAUGACAAGUGUCCCUAUGGCAACAGUUACUCAGUAACUGUUUUCAGCUAAACUAUAGGUAAAUUAAAGCAUCUAUAACUUGACAACUACUCAUUUCCUCACCACAGUAUUUGGAUUUUUGCUUACUUGUUACCUUGAUAAGUAUCAGGGAUACUUAACUGAUUUCAGCUAAAUUAAAUAAUCUAUAACUUGACUACUACGCGUUUCCUCACCACGAGAUUUGGGUGUUUGUUUAGUCGUUACCAUGUCAAGCCUGGGAGGGGGA